CUCGCAGCGGUGGAGAUCUCCAAAGUAGACAUGCCCGAAGCUGAGAAGAGCGCCAAGGAGUCGUUUCGUGCCGACCUCCAGAAAGUCUGUCGCCAAAUAUGCCAGGAAAAUCGUUCUCUUCCAGCAGUCUCCCUUGAGUGCUUCGGCAGCUUUCAGUCCGGCUUCGCGAGUGCAGGGUCCGACAUGGAUCUCGUGAUUGUUGUGCAGGAUGCGAAUGCAAUGGCUAGCUGCUUCUCACUGCUGGAGCAUGAUCUACCUCGAACACUCGAAAAGAAACUGCUCGAGUCUGGGUUUGGUGCGCGUCUGCUGACUCGUACUCGAGUACCAAUUAUCAAAGUCUGUCAAUCGCCGGCUGACGACUUCUUGGGCAAGCUCCGCGAAGAGCGGGAGAAAUGGAAUGCGCUGCCCGAUGAGCAGAAGUACCCUCAUCUGUAUCCAGAGGACCAAGUCAUCGGAAGCGAGACCGCUGUCACGAACGGUGCGCACCCAGAAAAGAUUGACACUCCCACAUCAACGAUGACGCGAGAGGGUGCGGUCACAACUAUUACGAAAAAGGUCUCAGACGAUGCCCCAGCUGCUCCGGCGACACCACAGGAGCCUACAGAUGCGGAUGCACUCAAAUCACAGCAAGUGCAGAAAUCAAAGCGCGAUCAACCCAAGAGUUGGCUAAGAGAGAAAAAGCCUGGCCCACUUGACUUCCCCAAUGAAGGCGUCGGUAUACAAUGCGAUAUCAAUUUCUUCAACCCUCUCGGACUUCACAACACGCAGAUGCUCCGUUGCUACUCGAUGUGCGACCCACGUGUACGGCCGAUGGUACUCUUUGUGAAGUCCUGGGCCAAGCAGCGCAAGAUCAAUUCAUCAUACUCUGGCACCCUCUCAAGCUACGGCUACGUUCUUAUGGUACUGCAUUACCUGAUGAACGUCGCGCGGCCACCGGUUCUUCCAAACUUGCAGAUGGCGUGGCGGCCACAAGGUUGCACUCCGUCUAGCGUCACCAGGACUGAAGUGGAUGGCUGGACAGUCGACUUCUGGCGCAACGAAGAAGAGAUCCAAAACGCAGUUCGCAAAGGUCAGAUGUCCUCAAACCGCGAUUCCCUUGGCUCCCUCCUCGCCGACUUCUUCCAAUACUACUCGUCGAUGGGCCAGGGUCCACAAUUUCGCUGGACACAGCAAGUCCUCUCCCUCCGCACGGAGCACGGUAUCCUCACAAAGGAGGCGAAGGGCUGGGUAAAAGCCCAAACCGAAGAGGGCGAGGGCAAGAAGAUCCAACAUCGCUACCUGUUCUGUAUCGAAGAUCCGUUCGAGUUGGCCCACAACGUCGCACGCACCGUCACUCACAACGGCAUCGUCGCGAUUCGGGACGAGUUCCGUCGUGCGUAUCGCAUACUCCAGUCGAUCGGUAAUGGACACCCCGCCAACGAAGGUCCACUGUUUGCCAAGCUUGUCGAGGACGAGCCC